AUGGUCUUUCCGAGUCUCGGCUGCAACACUUGCAAACGCCGUCAUCUCAAGUGCGACUCAGCGCGGCCACUUUGCGGUCGUUGCAGAAAAGGGGGUUUAUUGUGUACCUGGGCCGCCACCGAAGAAGAAGGUCUACCAUUCAGGAGUGAGAAUGCAUUUGCUCAGGGACGUCCGCGUCGUCCGCGGAAAGUGCAUAGCUGUUUGCAAGAUUCAACAGCUGUCACGGCGAGAUCACAUCCAACUAUCCUACCUGCUUUAUCGUUUCCCCUGGAACUUCAUUCCGUGAACUACUGGGUCAAGAAUUGGGCGUUUGGGACUAAUGACCUUCCUGGUAUCGGACACGAGUACACCUCGUACGUGAUCUCCCACAAAGAUCGUGCAAGGCAAGAUUCAAGCCUACACCUCGCCUUCCUUGCAUUUGCGCUCGCUGUUUUCGGGCGUGCAAGGAAGGUUCGUAAGGCGCUUGAAGACGCUAAUAGAUUUUAUUCCCAAACCAUUGCGAAAGUGAAGACAGAAAUCAAAGAUGUGGCUACCGAGGAUAUCGACCAACUUCUCAUUACGAUUAUGUUGAUGGGAACGUAUGAAAAUAUCAUGUGGGGACUCAACCCCCACAACCCCCAAAACCCAUCUUGCAGUUCAGACGAAGUUGGGUCUCGAUUUUGGCAGAAUGUUUGCCACCAUAAAGGAGCAGCAGGGCUUUUGAGACUACGGCAGUUACGGAGAUUACCAAAGAAUCUCCCACUUGAUAGAGUGGUGAGACGCCAGAUUAUCCGAAUAAUCAUCCUUCGAGGAAAGACAAUCCCGGGUUGGCUUCAAGAUCCAAGCUACGAAGAAAAAGGCCCUAUGCGAGAACUCGACGCGCUUAUUCUUCGAGCCGCGGGUCUGCGAGCGAGAUCCCUACAUCUGUUCAAAAAUAACAGUGGACCUAAAUCACGAGAUUCCGGGGGAACUGACUGCUGCUCACCUCCCUCCCAUCGAGGUAUCUCCCGAGAAGUCGCAGCAGAGGCCCAGGACCUCGAUGCAGCGUUUGUAACAUGGUCGAAAACUGCCCCGGAGGAGUGGAGAUACUCGACUAUAGACUCGCGAACAACCACAACGGAUGAACUAUACGACUGUCCUGUGCAUGCCUAUGCCUCACACGGCCAUGCCGCAGUAUGGAACCGAUAUCGAGCUGUUCGUCUCAUUGUCAACAGCAUUCGUAUACGCUCACUGGCUACCCUAAUCCAAUGCCCAAUGCAAGCUUCAUAUGUAAAUUCCCAGCAGGAAAUUGAAACAUCCCAGAAGAACAUCGAAUCUCUAGCGCGUGAUUUGUGCGGCGGGGUUCUAUUCUUCUUUCACUCUUGUAAUCCUCUUAUUAUAGGCGGCGCAAUGCCGCAAAAGAUGGCCGCGCUCCUAGCCUGGCCUUUAACCGUGGCUGUGAGUACCGAAGGUGUUCCGGGACCACAGCGUCGAUGGUUGCUGGAAAGAUUGAAUAUCGUUGCGGAGAUUUUAGGAGAUGUUAUGCUUGCUUCAGUUAUUUCGAAAGGGGAAUUCAGGUUUUAG